UGUUUGUCAAAUGCUAAUUUCCAUGGAAUCAACACUCUGAAGGCAACUUCACGCUAUUCGAGAAUGUCAGCAUUGACAUUUCUCAAACAAAACGUGCGAUCGAAAUUCAAUUCCAUUGAAUCAAAACAAACUAAAUUCUAGCAUACAAAAAAUGUCUCGGCCGAAUAGUGAAAAAUUGGAGUCAGCAAAUCAAAUGACGGAAAAUUUGGAUGAGUUCGUUGACUUCGUUACUGGUUUGGUGGAACCAAAGAAGCGCCCAGAUGUUUCCAUAAAAAGAUGGCAUAAAACGAUGCUGACUGGUUCCAAAAUUAAACCACAAAACCAAAAGGUUAAACAGAAAACGAAAAAGAAGCCGAAGCGUUUGACACGAAAGGAAUUUGCUGAUUUAGGGCUGUACAAUUUACCGACCAAAUCAAUGAAAUAUGCUGAUCUACUACCGUUGCAUAAACUCUGGACACAGUAUAUCGAGAAACAGCUGCAGCCGCAUAUUAAAAGACGUGAAGAUGGCAAAUUAAGCGUUCCAGAAGUACAUGAAAAUUCGUAUGAUGCCUUCAGUAAAACACUCAUCAAAUCCGAUUUAAAUGGAGCUAAAGUAACAGUGAUCGCCUCGUGUAACCCAUCAUUAGUGGGCCAAACCGGUAUUGUUGCAAUGGAAACGAGGAACACAUUCAAAAUCAUCAGCGAAGAUAAUCGAAUACGAACAAUUCCAAAGCCGGAAUCGGUGUUCAAAAUCGUUGUGAAUGGAAUCGAGUUUAAAAUAUUCGGCAAAUACCUCAAUAUUCGACCAGCAGAAAGAGCUGUCAAGAAAAUCAAAACGCUCAUGCAUCCAGAUCUCUAAUGUUUAGCUGUUAAUACUUAAAAAAAUAAAUGAUAAAUAUUUUAAACGUUCAAUAAAAACUCAAUUUUCUGUGUUUAUAUGUUUUUUUUUUUUAUUAUUUUGAGGUUUAAAUAAUAUUUGUCUAAUUAACUUAUCAUUCAGCUGAUGAAUUCAUUAAAAUCAUAUAAUUCAUUUUGUUUAACAUAAUUUACAUAAAUCGUCAUUUUCCUAUGCAUUCACCUUGUUUUCGAUAUUCAAAACCAUUUUAAAGACAAAAAUAGUUUUAUUGUUUUCUUUUAAAUUUACAUACAUUUCCAAUGAUUCUUUUUUUUCUUAUUUUCCACAGGAAUUUGUUUUUCCAACUUUUCAUUCAAUUUCGAAACAAAAAUUUAACCAAUUCUGUCAUAGCCGGAAAUUUAAUUUAAAAUUUUCCAUUUUUGCGUCGAGUAAGUUUUUUUUCUUCUUUGCAUUUUAACAAAAUAUACCCAUUUUUCUUCCAAUUGCAACACAAAUAAAACAUUCAAUUGAUUUUAUAGUCUAUGCAAGGAAUUUAUAUCCAUUUGUCAAUAGUAUUUGUAUAAUUUUUUUUUAUUUGUUAAACUUUUUAAUGGUUUUUAUUUUCUCUUCAUUUUAGAUUUAAUAAAAUAGUUGAUUCUCCACAAGGAUGUACAAGUAAAUUUUCCUUGCGGUUUUUAGUACGAAUUAAAUGUAGUUUGCUUGUCACAAUCUCGAAUAUCAAUAUCCAUUAUCUCUUUGUGUGUGUUUUUAGUUUCAUUAAUUAAAUUAAUGAAGGCAAUUCUUGUUUAUUCAUCGGUCUCUUUUGUUGCAAAGUGAUUUUUAGCGUAUAUAUGUUACAAGUUGAAAUUUUUAGUUAAUUUACUUUUAAAUAAUUACGACAUUUCUAUCUAACGAUUGAAAAUUCAAGCGAAAUUUUUAAUUUCAUUUUCAGUGUUUUUUCUUGUUUUUUUUUGAUUUGCGGUAGUAAAUGUUUUCUUAAUUUGAUAUAUAGUUUUUUUUACACAAUCAUAUGUAUUGGUUUAGCUCGUUUCUCUUCUGCGGGGCGAUGGCGAGGGCGAGAGCAGCGUUCGAGUUCAAAUAACGUCAACAAGUAAAGCAUUUGUUCAUAUUGCCAUGAACUUUGAAUAAAACAAACAGAACAUCUAAGCUCGUUGGCAUAGUAGUAUAUGUGCCACUAAAUCACUAGAAAGAUCGUUUUCACUUAAAUCAGAAGGGAUAAAAUGUGGAUUUUUUUUUGUUGUCAUCAAAAAUGUUUCUUUUUUUUCCUGCAGACGCUUCGCGAAAAUCUUAAUAAAUUCUGACUUCUUGGACAACAAGUCAAAUCGCGCGUAGAUUUUAAAUUCAAUUCUUGAACAUUUCACGCGGUAUCAAUAUCAUCACGAAUUUCAGUUUAGCAGCGAGCACCUUGAAUAUGUCAUACAAAACUCAAUAAAAAGCAUCAGAUGAGCUUGAUAUAUGCAUGCACUAUUACAACCUCGAAGUGAUUGCUUCCAUUCUUUCUACUUCUUUAAAUUGGAGAAUCAAACAAAAAAAAACAUUCGUUAUACAUGUAUUUCUAUUUGGGCUAUUUUGCUUUUAACUGGGGGAUUUCACUCUUCAAAUAAACCUAUUCGUAGGAACAAUUGUUUGAAACUUCAGAUUUUAUUACAUUUAUGAUGAAUUUACUGGUUUUGUUUCGAUUUAUUCUCGUUCGCUGGGUUUUUUUUUUUCAA